AUGGCGUUCCCGCAGCUGGGCUUCCAGUAUCUCGCGAGCUCCCCGCCCCCGAUGAGCGGAGCCGACUCGACAGGAGGUCUUCUCCAGCCUCGCCUCGCCACUGGUGGCUCCAGCAGCCACGUGGCCGCUGCCGCCGCAGCAGCUUCCCUCCUGGGUCUCUACUCAUCCUCCUCGUACGGCGGCCUCGGCUACGCGGCCGCGUUCCUCCCCUACCCGGCAGCCGACAUCGCCGCGGUCUACGCGCAGCUGGGCGCCCAGUACGAGCAGCUCAAGGAGUGCCCCGCGAUGUCGCACCAAGCGUUCGCGCCGCACCCGGCCCUGCACCCCCUGUCGCCGCACUACUACGCCCCGUACGGGCCUCAGGGCACCUCGGCGGCAGGCGACUCGGGCGGGCGACUCGGCAGCAAGGCGGCCACGCGCGAGAGCACGAGCACCCUCAAGGCGUGGCUCAACGAGCACCGCAAGAACCCGUACCCCACCAAGGGCGAGAAGAUCAUGCUGGCGCUCGUCACCAAGAUGACGCUCACGCAAGUGUCCACGUGGUUCGCCAACGCGCGUCGGAGGCUCAAGAAGGAGAGUAGAGGUGGUGGUGGCGGUGGUGGUGGUGGCGGUGGUGGCGGUGGUGCGGGUGGGUCGGCUCCGGGCGAGGUUGGGUGUUGGGGCACGCCGGGUGGAGGUCUUGGCGGUGGUGGAGUUGGUGGUGGAGUUGGAGAUUCGUUGCACAUCCGGGGUGACGCCAGAACGGACUCGGACGAAGACAUCGACCUGCAGAGCGUGGAGGUCGAGAGACGCUGCCGAGCGCUCGGUCCCGCGGCGUCUCCCAGCGGCAGCGCCGAGGUCGACGUCAUCGACGAGGAGGAGGAGGACGAGGAGGAUGGCGGUGGUGACUGUGCCCAUGACGAUCAUGGCGAUGGCCUCGAUGAGGUGGACGAUGCUCGCGAUGGCGAGGUGGUGAGACAGGAGGAGGAGGAGAAGGACCACCUUGAGAACAAGAGAAGGGCCGUGGAGGCAGCUGCUGCUGCUGCUGAUGAUGAUGAUGAUGAUGGACGUGGUGGCGGUGGUGGUGUAGUAGCGGAUCUCAGCAUCCAGCGGGGCCAGCGUGACAUCCACGAGGCCACAGCGCUGCCCUUGCCCUUGCCCCUGCCCUUGACUCUGCCCUCGGCAGCCGCCCCCAACUCCUCAGCCACCGUCACAGCAGCCGCGACGCAGAACUCAACUCCCAAACCCAAGAUCUGGUCACUGGCCGAGACUGCCACGAAACCAGACAACCACCCAAGGAUGCAACAACAACAACAGCAGCAGCAGCAGCAGCAGCAGCAGCAUCAUCAUCACCACCAUCACCAGCAUCACCAUCAGCAACAUCAACAUAGCCACCACCAUCAUCAUCAUCAGCAGCAGCAGCAUCCAGAACAUUCGCUGGCGCUGAGAUUGCGUGCCCGCCUGCAGAUGGAUCAGCAGAUGCACGCUCUCUCGUCGUGCCACACAGGAGCGUGCGCAUCGGGGUGCGUGAAAUGAUGCGCCCCACUGCGAUUCACACAACCGGGGGGGGCGGUGGGGGGGGAGCGGUGGCGCGGCGGUUAGCGCGCCGCGCUCACGGAACCGAUCGCAGGCGGCGGCGGCGGCGACGAAUCGAACUCGGUCCGGCCCAGUCGAAUCGCGCAUGAGAUGAGUAAUAUCGGCAUUGGGGAGACAAAGGCGGCCGGGCGUGGUGCUGGCCACCUACCCCCCCCCUCCCUCCCCCUCGUGUGUCGUGCCGCCCUUCGUAGGUGCUCGCUAACAGCACUUGUCCCAACAGCCUGUGGAAGGCUAUACGGGGGAUCUUUGUCUUUGUUACAUUAUUAUUAUUAUUACUCUGAUGGUACCGUGUGUUCCGGAUUAUAAGACGCAGCUUUUUUCCCUGCAUCGUUAAGCAAACGUUGGGGGUGCGGAAGACCCCGUGGUCUGUACCCUCUCUCUUCUCUAUAUUUUUUAUGUUGCUCUGAAGAAGGGCCAUUGCCCGAAACGUCGCCAAAUAUGUUUUUAGUCUCAAGACCAACGUGUUGCGUUCGUGUUGUUUGUUGUUUGUCGCACGGUGCGCGCGCGCGUGGCCAGAUCUGUGCUACAUUACUGGCACCACGGCAACACCCUCAGGGUGCCUCUGAUAGUCCAGAGAACACGGUACAUCACUACUGUCUCUCA